AGUGUCAACCAAUAAUAACCGAGAGUUUUGCAGUAGUUGAAAUAGAAAAGUUGUGAAUUUAGUAUUUUACUGUAAAUUGAUCCAAAUAUUAGUACCUGGAGAUUAUAAUAACGAAAACUUCAUAACAUUUAUAGCAAAACUAGAGUGUAUCCAAAAAAAUUGGAUUUCAAUUUUUUACAAGUAUGUCACUAAUCGAUAAAUUGCAGGAGCCUGAUGACAGUAUUCCCUUGGCUGAUGAGGACACUCAAGUAAUUAUUAAUGAUGAUGAUCCUCAACAACAUAUUCCAAAUGGACAUUCAAUGGAUUCACUCCGUUCGUCAUUUACCAAUCGUAGCUCAACACCUGACUCAUCACACAAUUCACUUGAGGCCGAUGUUAGCCCAGAUGAAAAAGAAGAAAAAGCACGUCUUAUCACUCAAGUAUUAGAGCUGCAAAAUACUCUCGAUGACCUUUCACAACGUGUUGAUUCCGUGAAAGAAGAAAAUCUGAAACUACGCUCUGAAAAUCAAGUUCUUGGGCAAUACAUAGAGAAUUUAAUGUCAGCCUCAUCAGUUUUUCAGUCAACUAGCCCAAAUGCAAAGAAGAAGUAAAGAGCUACACGUAGAAUUUCAAAGUCGAAAAUAGUGCAUUUGAGCGUUUCUGAUUGAUGUGCUCUGCUUCUAAUUCAUUUAUUUAAUUUAGAUAUUGAUAUCAUAUUUUUAAAGCUUUGUUUUAAUAUAUAUAAAAUUAUUACUCGAAUCCAUUGCAUUGAUCUUAGGUUGAUACGUACGCAGGCUCAUAAUUCUAAACAUACAAAGCAUGUUCGCAUUUACAUACGCAAUUACUUAUACCAAAUAAAAUGCCUUCUACUAAUUUUUUCGCAACAAAA